GCUCCCUCCUCUCUCCACUCACGCCACGACCUAACGCACGCCGCCGCCGCCGCCGUCAUCCUGUUACCGGCCUUCCCUGCCCCGUGCAGCCUGGCUGUGCUGCACUGCUGCCGUGCGCCGUGCGCGCCAGCCGGUUUACCCCCGGCCAGUCGUUCUACCCCCGGGGCGGCGACGAGCAGAGCAGCUGACAAGGCGACGACAUCCUCCUCCGCUGCGCCCAGGCCUCGUCCUUCUGCCGCCGCCUGCUGUGCGUGCUCUGACUGUGUGUCCUGCUGCUGCCUCCUACCUCUGCGGCGCCUCUCCUCUCCUCUUGCUGGUUCCCCACCACGCGAUCCCGUCCCAUCCUGCCCUGCCUUCUCGCUUCGCCGCCGUCCACUUGAAGCUCUCCCCUGCCCACGAGGGUGACAACCAGAAGCAGUGGCCUGAAUCGAGGGAGAGCAGGUUCUCUCAGGGAUAUUUUCGGCAUCCAACAAAGAAACAUGAUAAAUUGUGAUGUGUCGCAUUUUAUCAAUCAGCAAAGCUAAGUUGGGGGUAUUCGCUCAAUUGCGGAGAAAGAAGGGCAUUUUGGCCAGGGCAGAGCUAACAUGGGACAUUUGUCAACUAUUAGCCUUGAAAGUUUUGGUGAGAGAAGGGAGUACAACCGUGCAGGGAGUUGUUCAUGGCCGCUGUGGCACGCGACCGGCGGAGAAGGGGCCGUGCUCCCAGGGCUGCCUCCGCUGCUGCGGCUGAAGACGACGGGGAGGAGCAGCACCUCAAUCCCUUCCUCUCAGACGAGGUACCCUCGUUCUCGAGAGUCCAGUUCAGGAACGUCGCGUCGCGGGCGCGGUGGGUGGAGGAGGCUGGUGCGGCAGAGGUGUUGGACAACAAGGGGAAGCUCUGGCUGACCACUGGCAUAGCACGGGGUGGCAAGCUCUACUACAAUGUGGAGGAGAUUGGGUUCUUGGCAGAAAGAGGGGCAUUGGUUCUUCUUGAUGACAAGGAUGAAACAGUUGGAAUGGAGGAGAUCUAUGGAAAGAUUGCAACAGGAAGUUAUGGGUGCUCCUGGGAUGCCUUCCAAGCUUACAGGCACUUGAAGUUGCUUGGCUACAUUGUUGGACGAUAUGACGUUCCCUGGACAAUGAAGCAAAUCCGUUUCGGUGACGUCACCAGUUCCCCCGAGAGUAUGGAUGGCACAAGCCUGAGCUUUGGCAAAGCAAAUGGUGCCUGCAAUGACAUUACCAAAUUGCUCAAAGGAAUGUGCAUAGAUGGGAUGUAUCCAUCCUUUAAAGUGCAUCUACCAAAUAGCAAAUUUAAGAAGUCGUCCCCAGGAGUCCCUAGUUUUCUUGUAUGUCUGUUAAGAGACAAGCCACCCUCAAGGGAUGAACUGCAAACAGUGGAAAACAAGUUUGACGGCAUUCGUCUUAAAUUCUGUCAAGUUGAUAAUGGGCAUAUCAGCUUCCUCUCCUUUGAUAAAGUUACACUUCCUAGUUUGCCCUGAUAGAUAGCUGCAGGAAUGGUUUUUAGCUUUCGCCUGUCCUGGUCCUGUAAAGCCAUUAGCCCACUGACAGCAUCAGGAUGUAUGCUUCUGCGCCGCUUCUCAGGGCCGAGAAAGUUGCCAGGUUGAUCUUCAGGUUCUGCAGUUGUGUGCGGAAUUGUGUCCACUCUUUGCUGCUUGGUUACUACUGAAUAGCGAUGAAUGCCACUCUUUUCCCUCUCUA